AUAACACAAUCACUGUUCUCCGACUUGAAUGUGGUCUACGAACCGCGAAGUGGCCGCUGGAGACGUCGUCAUCAUCUGGCAGACCAGGGAACUCAUCCAACCGCUGUUGAUCACACCCGGAAAGGAUUUCAACAGCAGGUUUGGUCACUACAGGCACUCAGAUCUGAUAGGUGUUCCAUAUGGAUCCAAGGUAGCAUCACGCAACGGCAGAGGGUUCAUUCAUCUUCUGAGGCCCACUCCGGAACUCUGGACGAUGGCUUUGCCCCAUCGAACACAAAUUUUAUACCUGGCGGAUAUCGCUUUUAUCACCUCGUGGCUCGACAUAAGAUGCGGUAGCCGUGUCAUCGAAGCAGGGACAGGAUCAGGAUCUUUUUCACAUUCUGUAGCGAGGACCGUCGGCCCUAGAGGCCGCCUAUUCUCUUACGAAUUUCACGAAGCCCGUGCGGAGAAGGCGAGGGAGGAAUUCAUUCGCCACGGCAUGCAAGACAUCGUCACUCUUACCCACCGCAACGUGUGCAAGGAUGGUUUCACAAUAGAAAGUAUGGCAGAUGCGGUCUUCCUUGAUCUACCCGCUCCAUGGGAGGCUGUGGGACAUGCAAAGAAUGCAUUGAGGAAAGAUCGGCCUACUCGUAUCUGUUGCUUUAGCCCCUGUAUGGAACAGGUAUUGCGUGCCGUGACCGCUCUCAAUGAGGCGGGUUUCACAGAUAUCUGCAUGUAUGAAACACUAUUGAGACCUCACGAAGUCCAGCAAUUCCCUGCCCCUUUGUCACUCGACAAUAUUGUUGAUAAACUCAAGAGACUAGAGAAGUUUCGCGAAGAGAAGAGACUUCGCCAGAUCGCCAACAGCAAGAGGAAACGCGAAGAUGAUUCUGAUAUUUCCGAGCCGGACAAGAGGGCCAGAACAGGCGAACCAGACGCUACUCGAAAUGAAGGCGUACCAUCGAUCAGUAACCUUCCUGUGCUACCAGUGGCGGAUAGUGAGACCAAUGAAGAGGUAGCAGAAACCACCGUCAAUUGGUCGAAAGUCUGUCAUGAGGUUCGGGGUCACACGUCGUACCUCACGUUCGCUCGUCUAGUACCCUAUCCAGCUGGAACUUCAAAUGGAGAAACGGAAGAUCUGCCGGCAACCAACGAGUGACCGCCGUGUGCAUUAGCUAAUCCUAGGUGUAUAGCACUGUAGUAGAAUUCUGCGCUGUCAUACAGCUCGCCGUUGUAUGUAUAGGGUAAAGUCUCGGCCAGACAGCUCCAGUUAGUCGCACGGCAUCCAUCACCUUAACCUAUUAAACCUUGGCUGCGCUCUUCGGUACACGUGGUCGAAGAACGCGUGUGGGUCCAGGGCUUACGGUGCCCGGGUCUGGCCCCCGCAUACGUUUCGGCGGUGUAACAUUAGCCUCAUCGCCAGAAGCGCUUUGGCUCUUGGC